UGUUUCAUUCCAUGUAUUCCGUUUAAUAUUUGUGCGUGUAAGAUUUUAUCAAGUGUGUGAAAAUUUUGUAAAAUAGUUUCAGAGCGUACAUGAUUAUUAUUUUUACUUAGCAAAUGAACUAAAUAUAUAAAAGAAAUAACAAAACACUUUAUUAUAUAAUAAAUUGUAAUAAGCAUGGCAAACAAAACUUUUUAACAACUUCCGCGAUAGUGAAAUCGAAGGUGAGCAACAACAACAAAGUGGAACGCCAGCCCUCCAAAAAUUGUGUGUUUUGCACAUUUGCCGCCGAUUUUACCGCGUGAAAAGUUGACUACAAACGAAUUACGCGCAAAUUUUUAGCAACACAAGAAAUUUGUAAAAAGGCUAGUGAGCUCUAUAAUGUCCGUUGCUGAAUAUAACAACUAUGACACAAUGACCUCUAACGCCGCAAACACAGGAAAUUAUAACGAGGAUCACAUUUAUCGGCAAUGCCAAAAUAAUAAUAUAACUACGGAACUACGACAACAGCAACAACGUCAAUAUGAAGCCCUGCAGAAAGAACAAAAAUUGUUGCAACGAAUACAGCAUAAUAUACCACCGCCAUCACCAGAAUUACCCCUACAGCAACAACAUGAUGGUGCUUUAUCAAACAAACUGCAAGAUGUAACACAAUCGGUGCAACAGAAUUCGUCACAGCAGUACCAAAAAGCGACAGCUUCUGCUACCGUAUUUACUUCGAACGAUUUGGCCGUGGAAAGCAUAAUGCCUGGCAUAUAUUUAACGAAGAAUUUCAUCGCCUGGAAUGAGGAAAAUUUACGCUCACAUGGCUUUACACAUAUCAUAAUCAUAGAUAAGCAUAUACAGGAGUUAUAUUACCCUUCACCCAUAUUUAAACUAUCAACAGAAAAUACCACAGUGGAAGCAUUUGAUACAUAUGAGUGCUUUAAUCAUCCAGCUUCAACGUCACUUAAAUUUGGUAAAGAAUUUGAAGCGAUUAAUUUGAAUUUUGGUGAAAAGUCUUAUUUAACCACUGUGUUACCGAAUUGUUAUCGCGCUGUGAAAUUUAUUAAUAAAGCAUUAUUAGCGGGUGGCACUAUAUUGGUGAUCGAUUGUAAUGGCAGUGAACAGAAGUGUGUAACGAUAAUUGUUGCAUAUCUAAUGUACAAACAUAAUAUAAAUUUCAGUAAAGCAUUUACGCGCCUAAAAGAGCACUAUGAAAAGGCUGAUUUGGAUCGAUUUUAUAUGACGCAAUUGUACGAAUAUGAACCAAUAUUACAGGUGCAGCGUGCACAAUCACGGGGUCAGAGUUGUUCACGUGAAAUGUAUUCGGCGAUAUUGAAACGUAAGAAGGGCGUAGAUGAGGAAACAUGCGUGAAUGAUGUGAGUGAUGGUAAUAUGGCAUUCUGCGCUGUCAAUACCACAGACGACUUUUUCAAUACAUUCAAUCCAUUAUCGAAUUUUAAUGCAACAACAACUACCAUUGCGGAAAGGAAUUUAAAAACAUCAAAUGCAUUUAGACAACAAAUACAGCACAAUCAAUUGCAUGACGCAGCGAUGCCGCAAACGUCUAUUUACCACCAACCUGAACAAAAUGCUAUGUCGUCAACAACAGUUUAUAGUAGCAACGACUGUAAUGCCAGCGAUGAUUAUGCUAUGGAGUAAAUAAACUGAGUUAAUUUAUCCAUACUGUAACCGGCGACUCUCUUAGGUUAGUAUUUUUUUGUAUAUAAAUAUGUACUUUUAAGUAUGUAUAAUUAGUAUUUAAUUUAUGAUAAAAUCAGUACAGGAUUUGUGUUAGUAAAAUUUAAAUCUUACAUAAAGUCAACCGUUUGCUGUGUUGAAACUUAUUUUGACAUAUACAAUAUUCUUAAACUUAUUUUUAAUUUUUAUAACAGAAAAUCAAAUCAAUAUAACAGUAGUUAUUUUACAAUUUUAUCUAAUUUUUUUUAUACUAAACUUAAUACUAUCUGUUAAAAAAAAAAAACAAACAGUAUGUUAUAUAUAAAUGUUGUGCAAAGAAAAUCCAUGAUUCUCCUCUGCUCUUCAUUCUAUUCUAGUUUGCUUUAAAUUUUACUAAGAAAAGCCUUACAAACUUUUUAAGGCUACCGUGGAUGUUUUAUGUUUUUCGAGCAGAGAACGCACUUUUAAAUAUUUUAUAUAUACAUAUAUAUAUAUAUAUAUAUAUUAUUUGGCCCAAUCAGUCGUAUUAAAUUUAGUGCAUUUGAAAAUGUUAUGUUCUGGGGUUUCUUCGACCUGUUUGAUUUUGAAUUUGAUCAUUUGCUUGAUCUGAUUUCCGUCGGUUUUAUUAUUUGAUUUUAACCAUGGAUUUUUGGAGAUAAGCGGAAACAUUUAGUAAUAUUUUUUCUCUUUUUCGUUGCUGAUUGGGUUGUAGUACUCUUGCCAUUUCGCAGUGCGGUUUCUUUCAAUUUCUUUACUGGCAUCACCCAUUGUCCAUCCUAAAUGGAAAAAUUCUCCAUUGCGGUCUGCAUGUUUUGCUGCAGUGUCUACUACAUUACUUUGAUGGAUUCCUCUAUGAUUUGGUUUGAAAUAAAUCUGAACCAUUUCCAAACUGCUGUUCUGAAUAUUAUUGCGGAUAUCAAUUGCCAAGUAGUAGUUUAAUUCGGCGUUGGUUAAUGCAAUUGCAUCUGACUUGCUAUGUGUCAGGAAAGCUAGUCGAUGCAUUUGAUACGUUAAGGCAAAAUCUACUGCUUUAUCAAAGAUUAUUAUUUCGGCGGUCAUUGAAGACAUUAGUUUCUCAGUAUUGAAUGAGCGAAUGAUAUUAGAUCUUUUUGAUGAAUUGUUGUAAUAAAACGCAGCGUUUGUCGUUCCCUCUUUUACUGAACCGUCUGUAAAAAUUAUUUCUAUGUUUCUAUUCUUUAAGUCGUUUAUCUUUUUAUUGAAUAGCUUGUGUAUUUGUUCAUUAUUAGUUUCUUUUUUGGAUUUUGCUGUGUUUUUGAAAAAGUCGAUGUCUAAUUUGAUUUUUGUAGUUGUUGUGCUAUCGAUACAUACUAUACCAGCAACAUCCACUCCUUUAACUUUAUUUUGUAGUUCUGUAUUUAUCAUUGAUACAAAAUGUUGUAGAUUUCUUUUUCUGAAAAGCAUAUGACCUAGGUGGUAUAUGUUCAUGUUGGUUAAUACAGUUUUAAUAUUGGUAUUAUCUUUAUAUUUCUCCACUCUUCCGGUAUCACCCCACUUACCCAGAUAUUUUUCAAUAAUUAGAGGUGUGCAUUUUUCUCUUCGUCUGGUAAAUUUUAUAACAUUCUAUAGGAUAUCCCAUCCCACCCUUUUGCUGAGUAGGGAUUGCGUUGUCUCAAAAAUUCGUUUAAAUCUUCUAACAACAAAUGUUGCGUCUAGUUGUUUGACUUUUGCUAAGAGUUUGGAUAUAAUUGUCGGGCGAUGUUGCUGCGAUAUUGAAAAACCUGUAGGGAGCUGUGGAAAUUCUAUGUCUACUGUGGCAUUAUCUUUUAGGAUUGACAAUCGGUUUCCGAAGAUACUCGAGUAUUUUUGUCUUGCUUCCAUUUGUGAAAAAUUUUCUAAUGUCAUAAUCUCUUUGAUUGUAUACGCCUUAAUUCUGGCUGGACAUCCUUUGUAAGUUGCGCUGUGAUUACCUUCACAGUUGGCACAAGAAAUAGUUCUGCAUUUAUCGUGUAGUUCGUGUGAUUGACCACAUUGUGGGCAUAUUUUUUUUUUUGCUGUUUGCAGUGCUUUGAAAAAUGGUUGUAUCUGAAGCAAUUGUAGCAUUGUCCAAAGGAAAUUAAUGGUUUAACUUGUAUUUUUGUGUAGGAAUAUGUUAUCUCAGUUGGUAUUUCUAAACCCUCAAAUAUAAUUUUUAUUCUGCGAGUUGGGAUGAAUUGAUCAUUAACUUUUCUCGUUAUUCUGAUAAUUUGUUUGAUAUUAACCGGUGAAUUUAUGUGCUUUAUUAAUUCUUCUUCUGUUAAUUCAGUUGGGAUGUCGAAUAUGAUGCCUAUUUUGGAGAUGAAGUGGGCGAAGAUUUUUCCUUCAUAUUCCCCGUGUACUGAUGCACAAAAUUUAUUGGCUGCGUUGCCAUUUUUAAAUAAUAGUCUACAUCGUUCAAAACCAAUUUUUUUAAUGUCAAAUGUAUCAGCGAUUUUAUUAUUUAUAAUAUACAUAUUUGUUUAAACUGAUAGCAUUAAUUUGUUGUCUUUUACCAUUAUUUGUCAUUCUGUCUACAUAUACCAUAAAUGAGCCUUUAUGAUUAUAUUUUGUCUUGCUUCCAUUUGUGAAAAAUUUUCUAAUGCCAUAAUCUCUUUGAUUGUAUACGCCUUAAUUCUGGCUGGACAUCCUUUGUAAGUUUCGCUGUGAUUACCUUCACAGUUGGCACAAGAAAUAGUUCUGCAUUUAUCGUGUAGUUCGUGUGAUUGACCACAUUGUGGGCAUAUUUUUUUUUUGCUGUUUGCAGUGCUUUGAAAAAUGGUUGUAUCUGAAGCAAUUGUAGCAUUGUCCAAAGGAAAUGAAUGGUUUAACUUGUAUUUUUGUGUAGGAAUAUGUUAUCUCAGUUGGUAUUUCUAAACCCUCAAAUAUAAUUUUUAUUCUGCGAGUUGGGAUGAAUUGAUCAUUAACUUUUCUCGUUAUUCUGAUAAUUUGUUUGAUAUUAACCGGUGAAUUUAUGUCCUUUAUUAAUUCUUCUUCUGUUAAUUCGGUUGGGAUGUCGAAUAUGAUGCCUAUUUUGGAGAUAAAGUGUGCAAAUAUUUUACCUUCAUAUUCCCCGUGUAUUGAUUCACAAAAUUUAUUGGCUGCGUUGCCGUUUUUGAAUAAUAGCCUACAUCGUCCGAAUCCAAUUUUCUUAAUGUCAAUAAUAUCGGAAAUUUUAUUAUUUAUAAUAUAUUUGUUUAAACUGAUAGCAUUAAUUGGUUGUCUUUCACCAUUAUUUGUCAUUCUGUCUACAUAUACCAUAAAUGAGCCUUUAUGAUUAUAUUUUGUCUUGCUUCCAUUUGUGAAAAAUUUUCUAAUGUCAUAAUCUCUUUGAUUGUAUACGCCUUAAUUCUGGCUGGACAUCCUUUGUAAGUUGCGCUGUGAUUACCUUCACAGUUGGCACAAGAAAUAGUUCUGUAUUUAUCGUGUAGUUCGUGUGAUUGACCACAUUGUGGGCAUAUUUUUUUUUGCUGUUUGCAGUGCUUUGAAAAAUGGUUGUAUCUGAAGCAAUUGUAGCAUUGUCCAAAGGAAAUGAAUGGUUUAACUUGUAUUUUUGUGUAGGAAUAUGUUAUCUCAGUUGGUAUUUCUAAACCCUCAAAUAUAAUUUUUAUUCUGCGAGUUGGGAUGAAUUGAUCAUUAACUUUUCUCGUUAUUCUGAUAAUUUGUUUGAUAUUAACCGGUGAAUUUAUGUCCUUUAUUAAUUCUUCUUCUGUUAAUUCGGUUGGGAUGUCGAAUAUGAUGCCUAUUUUGGAGAUAAAGUGUGCAAAUAUUUUACCUUCAUAUUCCCCGUGUAUUGAUUCACAAAAUUUAUUGGCUGCGUUGCCGUUUUUGAAUAAUAGCCUACAUCGUCCGAAUCCAAUUUUCUUAAUGUCAAUAAUAUCGGAAAUUUUAUUAUUUAUAAUAUAUUUGUUUAAACUGAUAGCAUUAAUUGGUUGUCUUUCACCAUUAUUUGUCAUUCUGUUUACAUAUACCAUAAAUGAGCCUUUAUGAUUAUAUUUUGUCUUGCUUCCAUUUGUGAAAAAUUUUCUAAUGCCAUAAUCUCUUUGAUUGUAUACGCCUUAAUUCUGGCUGGACAUCCUUUGUAAGUUGCGCUGUGAUUACCUUCACAGUUGGCACAAGUAAUAGUUCUGUAUUUAUCGUGUAGUUCGUGUGAUUGACCACAUUGUGGGCAUAUUUUUUUUUGCUGUUUGCAGUGCUUUGAAAAAAUGGUUGUAUCUGAAGCAAUUGUAGCAUUGUCCAAAGGAAAUGAAUGGUUUAACUUGUAUUUUUGUGUAGGAAUAUGUUAUCUCAGUUGGUAUUUCUAAACCCUCAAAUAUAAUUUUUAUUCUGCGAGUUGGGAUGAAUUGAUCAUUAACUUUUCUCGUUAUUCUGAUAAUUUGUUUGAUAUUAACCGGUGAAUUUAUGUCCUUUAUUAAUUCUUCUUCUGUUAAUUCGGUUGGGAUGUCGAAUAUGAUGCCUAUUUUGGAGAUAAAGUGUGCAAAUAUUUUACCUUCAUAUUCCCCGUGUAUUGAUUCACAAAAUUUAUUGGCUGCGUUGCCGUUUUUGAAUAAUAGCCUACAUCGUCCGAAUCCAAUUUUCUUAAUGUCAAUAAUAUCGGAAAUUUUAUUAUUUAUAAUAUAUUUGUUUAAACUGAUAGCAUUAAUUGGUUGUCUUUCACCAUUAUUUGUCAUUCUGUUUACAUAUACCAUAAAUGAGCCUUUAUGAUUAUAUUUUGUCUUGCUUCCAUUUGUGAAAAAUUUUCUAAUGCCAUAAUCUCUUUGAUUGUAUACGCCUUAAUUCUGGCUGGACAUCCUUUGUAAGUUGCGCUGUGAUUACCUUCACAGUUGGCACAAGUAAUAGUUCUGUAUUUAUCGUGUAGUUCGUGUGAUUGACCACAUUGUGGGCAUAUUUUUUUUUUGCUGUUUGCAGUGCUUUGAAAAAAUGGUUGUAUCUGAAGCAAUUGUAGCAUUGUCCAAAGGAAAUUAAUGGUUUAACUUGUAUUUUUGUGUAGGAAUAUGUUAUCUCAGUUGGUAUUUCUAAACCCUCAAAUAUAAUUUUUAUUCUGUGAGUUGGGAUGAAUUGAUCAUUAACUUUUCUCGUUAUUCUGAUAAUUUGUUUGAUAUUAACCGGUGAAUUUAUGUCCUUUAUUAAUUCUUCUUCUGUUAAUUCAGUUGGGAUGUCGAAUAUGAUGCCUAUUUUGGAGAUGAAGUGGGCGAAGAUUUUUCCUUCAUAUUCCCCGUGUACUGAUGCACAAAAUUUAUUGGCUGCGUUGCCAUUUUUAAAUAAUAGUCUACAUCGUUCAAAACCAAUUUUUUUAAUGUCAAAUAUAUCAGCGAUUUUAUUAUUUAUAAUAUACAUAUUUGUUUAAACUGAUAGCAUUAAUUUGUUGUCUUUUACCAUUAUUUGUCAUUCUGUCUACAUAUACCAUAAAUGAGCCUUUAUGAUUAUAUUUUGUCUUGCUUCCAUUUGUGAAAAAUUUUCUAAUGCAAUAAUCUCUUUGAUUGUAUACGCCUUAAUUCUGGCUGGACAUCCUUUGUAAGUUUCGCUGUGAUUACCUUCACAGUUGGCACAAGAAAUAGUUCUGCAUUUAUCGUGUAGUUCGUGUGAUUGACCACAUUGUGGGCAUAUUUUUUUUUUGCUGUUUGCAGUGCUUUGAAAAAUGGUUGUAUCUGAAGCAAUUGUAGCAUUGUCCAAAGGAAAUGAAUGGUUUAACUUGUAUUUUUGUGUAGGAAUAUGUUAUCUCAGUUGGUAUUUCUAAACCCUCAAAUAUAAUUUUUAUUCUGCGAGUUGGGAUGAAUUGAUCAUUAACUUUUCUCGUUAUUCUGAUAAUUUGUUUGAUAUUAACCGGUGAAUUUAUGUCCUUUAUUAAUUCUUCUUCUGUUAAUUCAGUUGGGAUGUCGAAUAUGAUGCCUAUUUUGGAGAUAAAGUGUGCAAAUAUUUUACCUUCAUAUUCCCCGUGUAUUGAUUCACAAAAUUUAUUGGCUGCGUUGCCAAUAAUAGCCUACAUCGUCCGAAUCCAAUUUUCUUAAUGUCAAUAAUAUCGGAAAUUUUAUUAUUUAUAAUAUAUUUGUUUAAACUGAUAGCAUUAAUUGGUUGUCUUUCACCAUUAUUUGUCAUUCUGUCUACAUAUACCAUAAAUGAGCCUUUAUGAUUAUAUUUUGUCUUGCUUCCAUUUGUGAAAAAUUUUCUAAUGUCAUAAUCUCUUUGAUUGUAUACGCCUUAAUUCUGGCUGGACAUCCUUUGUAAGUUUCGCUGUGAUUACCUUCACAGUUGGCACAAGAAAUAGUUCUGCAUUUAUCGUGUAGUUCGUGUGAUUGACCACAUUGUGGGCAUAUUUUUUUUUUUGCUGUUUGCAGUGCUUUGAAAAAAUGGUUGUAUCUGAAGCAAUUGUAGCAUUGUCCAAAGGAAAUGAAUGGUUUAACUUGUAUUUUUGUGUAGGAAUAUGUUAUCUCAGUUGGUAUUUCUAAACCCUCAAAUAUAAUUUUUAUUCUGCGAGUUGGGAUGAAUUGAUCAUUAACUUUUCUCGUUAUUCUGAUAAUUUGUUUGAUAUUAACCGGUGAAUUUAUGUCCUUUAUUAAUUCUUCUUCUGUUAAUUCAGUUGGGAUGUCGAAUAUGAUGCCUAUUUUGGAGAUAAAGUGUGCAAAUAUUUUACCUUCAUAUUCCCCGUGUAUUGAUUCACAAAAUUUAUUGGCUGCGUUGCCGUUUUUGAAUAAUAGCCUACAUCGUCCGAAUCCAAUUUUCUUAAUGUCAAUAAUAUCGGAAAUUUUAUUAUUUAUAAUAUAUUUGUUUAAACUGAUAGCAUUAAUUGGUUGUCUUUCACCAUUAUUUGUCAUUCUGUCUACAUAUACCAUAAAUGAGCCUUUAUGAAUAGAAUCAUAUGUAUAGUUGAGUUUAUUUGGAUUGGUGUUAUUUUCCACGGUUAUAUGUGUUUCCUGGUCAUUAUGUUGUGUUGAAUCUCGUCUUAUCCUGUUGUUUUCUUUGGGUCUGUUCCGACUAUUGCUCCUACUUCUGAUAUCAUCGUAGUGGAAGAGGCAUUCCUGCCCCCGCCUUUUCGGUUCAUUUUGGAAAAACUCGCCCUUAUUUGCUUUGAAGAAAUUGAUGAAUUAUUAUACGCGAUUUGGUUAUAAGAAUGUAUUUUAACCUUCUGGAGAAAAAAUACGGUGAUUAAUUCAAUAAAAUAAGCUUAUUUUUCUCAAAAUUUCUAAGAUAUCAUUUCAAAAUUUCUAGGUGCUCAAGCGUUUUUAAAAAAUAUUAACCAUUUGUGGAGCUACUGCUGCACCUUAUGAGCUACAAUUUAUAACUAAAACUUAAAUCUAAAGAAGAAGUAUAUCUAGAGCCUAUGUUUACUAUUAGCUACGUGACUUUGCAUUGUUGCACUAUUAAUAGCAUCAGGCGACCAAUGCAGUGGCUGACGUGAGAUAACGAAUUUCCUUAUCCUCUCAAUAUCUUCUGUUGCACUAUUAAUAAUAUCGAGCGCCAACGCAGUGGCUGGCGUGGGAUAAGAAUUUUGUUCACUCAAGCCAAGCUGGGAUUUAAAGUAGUAGCUGUUAACUACAGUGAUCGGUCUCACAGCGUUCGGUGCUCACUUGCCUAACAGCUUUCGGUAAUGCUUUUACGUGGGUGACCAGCAGUUAUUACUGCUUAACUUAUGUAUAUAGCACCAAUUCUAAAUCCAAUAACCUGAAAUUAUUUAAAAUUACUAAUUUUUAUUAUGUAUUAAAAAGAUAUGAAACAUACUCCGCCAAUUGCACCGUCACCUCCUUACUCCUCCUUUGCUGUGCACACACGUAUAACUAGAAUGAAAUUAUUUUAAUUAUAAAAACAAAUAACAAAAGUAACACAAAUAAAUGCAUUUAUAAGUUCGCUAAAUAUCCAAAAACACUUAACGAAAUAAAAGAAAUAUUUAAAACGCACCUGCAUCCAUUCACUUAAAAUUUUUUUUUCAAAUGAACAGCGGCCAUGGCGGCGAUUUUUGAAUGGUUCAUUGUAUCUUUCUCUUAUGCCGGCCAUAGACCACACAAGUAAACUGCACAAGUCUAUCACUGUGCAAAAAAAAAAAAACUGCAACUCGCACGAUACAAGCUAACUGUACAAGUUUUUAUUUUAAUGUUGAAAACGAAACAGACAACAUGUGUAAAUAUUGCGCGAUAAUAUUAAUCGCUAUUGCGAUAAAAAAACAACGAGAAAAAAGGAAAAGAAGUGUGUGGAGUAAACAAUGGUUUUUAAAAAGAGACAAGUUAGGACAGCAGAAAAUAUUGAAAGAAUUAGAAUUUUCAGCGGAAAGUGAUUUUAAAAAUUAUGUAAGAAUGAGCAAAGAAACUUUUGAUGAAUUGUUGGCAAAAGUGGCACCACUAAUAAAAAAAAUUUAGAAUAUUAUAGAACCAUAAUGUUGGCUCAUAAAUAUCCUCAAAUCCAGCUCCAGUCUUUUCGCUUCUUUGCACUUUCUUAAAUUCUUUUCUGUAUGUUGUCCUAUAUGUAUUAAUUUUUUUAACCACCAUAUCUCUGUUUGCGUCGGGAUAUUUUUCUUUUAAUUUUAAAACUAAUUUUUCGUAUGCUUCAGCUUUCAUUAUUCUGUUGCUAUAUUCUUUGCUUUUUAUUCGCCAUAGUGAAGGUGAUUCUUUAUAAAGUUCAAGGAAUUUUGCUACUCUAACUCCCGAGAUUGCCACUUAACCCUUUCACUACCGUACUAUACGCAGCGAUGUUAAAAAAAUUUAGGUCGUUUUUUCGGAUGGAUAUAAUCUUCUAAAAGAGAAAAAUAAAACACUUUUUUUUCGUAUCCUUCAGAAGGAAGAUAUGUCCUGGGAUAAUAUGUCCCACUGGUAUAUUUACACGGUAUUAAUUGGGACUAUAUAUCCCAUUGUUAUAAUUUUUUGAGAAUAAUAAAAUUUAGUUUUUAUUUGUAACUCAAUUUAAGUUUUAUUUAUUUAUGGAACAUGCCAAAACAUUCAAAGCAUAAGGGCUCUUUGCACAUUGAACAAAUGUAAUACGUGCGUUUUUCUUUUUUUAUUGAGGUGCAUAAAACACAGCGUCUGCGGCGAUCACCUUUUACUGGCAUAUGAUCUCCCACGUUUAACAUUUUUUUUGCUCUUUUUGACCUGGUCCUUUUGUUGUAGAUGUCCUUUUGACUUUUGUCCCAACUCUUCCUUGCGCAAUGAGCUGUUCUGCGAGUGGAACAAUAAAAUUUUUCAGUUGAAACUUUUUGUGGAUAUUUUCCUGAUAAACAAUAUGGGCAUUUACAAUAGAUGUCAUGAGAAGCUUGAAAAAUACUUUACGCCACCAUUUGCUUGAUUGUCUGUUCUGUUCAUAAGUUUUAACCUUUUGAUCAGAUAUGUCAACUCCUCCCAUGUUCUCAUUAUAGAAAGCCAAUGCUUUAGGACAGUUAGUAACAACCCUUGAACCAUCUUUUUGCUUUCUGAAGACUGCGGACAUUGUAGGACUAUGACAGUUACUCAUAACAAUAACUUCACGUGAGUCCUGCCAUUUUGCUACCAUUAUACCGGUUUCGCUAAUGCAAAAUUUACAUUCACCUUUCUUCAAACGGUCACUAAUGGUUGGCAAGUUCUUUCUAUUUUGAAUACAUGUUCCUACGCAAGCAAAUGGCAAAGUUUUCAUCAGAUUAUAUGAGGUGAAAAAACGGUCAAAAACCAACACAGUAUCUGGAUUUCGAAUAGUUUUGCACAAUUUAAAAACGACUCUCUCCCCUAAAGUUCCUGAUAAUGUUGAGCAUUCCUCUUUACCCGCAUAAAUAUUAAAAUCAUAUGUAUAACCAGUUUUAGAAUCACACCUUUGCCAAAUUUUUAUGCCACGUUUAGUCGGCUUCAUCGGAAGAUAUUGCUUUAGAGAAGAUCGACCUUUAAAUUUUGCCAUGGACUCAUCGAUGCUUUGACGCAAACUAUCGGUACGAGUUUUGACAAACGUAUAUUUCAAGCAAUUGGUAACUUCUUCUAUAUAAUAAAGCUUAGAUGCUGCUUCAGGUUUCUCAGGGAAGUUAAAAUAUAAUUUUGACAUUAAGGUCUGAAAACGAGUUCGCGACAUCGCCUUUUUUAUGUACUCAUUUCCCAUGGAUUCAUUUUGGGACCAGUAAUCAGAAAUCUCUGGAAGUUGAUUAUAACCCAUUAUAAGCGUAAUGCCCAACAAAAUUUUAAUUUCUGAUGCAUCAGUUGGUGCAAUAUUAUAACUUCUUUGUUUUUUUAGAAUGCUCAAUCGUUCAUUUGUGCACUGCGCGAUAAAAAUAAAUAAUGAUUCUUGAAAAAUGCAUUUGAAGACUUCGAACUCAGUUGCAUUCCUUGAAAUUUGAGCCAACAGAAUGGGCUCAACGUCUUCAGUGAUAGAAAAGCGAGGACGAAAAAAACUGAUGGUUCUCCCCAUACUACUGGAAGAUUGGAACUUUCACUGGAUAACACUAUUGCAUUAUCAAUAUCCGUUACUUCAUCAUCCUCGCUCGGAGACUCGUCUACUUCGUUCUCGGAAUCCGGAAUAUACUCUGAGUCAGAAGCACUAAAAUCACUUACGUCAGAGUCGCUGGAAUUGAUAAUCGCCAAAAUGUCGUCUUCCCUCAUAUUUCUGGCAGAUUUUUUUCUAUUAUUCAUUCUGUAAAAUUGAAAGAUAUAAAUUCUAUGAAUAUUUCCAUUUCGGAAAUGUAUACCAAUGGGAUUAUGUGUCCCGCUUAUUUGAAUUAUACAAUUCCAAUGGGAUCAUAUAUCCCAACUGGACAAAACCCCAAAUAAACGAAUUUAUUUACAACAUUUUGUUGCGAACUCACCUUAUAAUAUUGAAAAACACUUAUUUUAUUCACUCAAAUUAAUUUAGUAAACAGAAACACUUUUAUACAUUUACAAAUAGGCAAACACGUGCACAUUCACUAAAGGUUGCUGUCCGUUAAUUGCAAUAAAAGGCAGUACAGUUAUUGAACGAAACCAAAUCAGCUGAUAUUGAACGAAAAAUACUGUAAACUACCAAUAGGACCUUUUCCUAUCUAAAUUGAGCUUGAAUUGUAUUUUUGACGAUUUUUUAAAUUUCUCUUGGGAUGCAUGAUCCCCAUGGUAGUGAAAGGGUUAACUACAAAAUGUUAGCAAUGUGUAUGUAUUGGUAAAAGCUGAAAAAAAUUGCAUGUGUAGUGGUGUAUUAGUUAGCUCCGUCUUGUAGGGUAAUUUGUUUAAUAGAACAAUUUAAUUUUAUUUUCAAAUAUUUUUGCCCUAGCUUGCGUGGAUUAUUUGCAAAUUUAAUGGAUUUAUCCAUUCUGGUGGCAACAUCGAUUUUCAGCGACACCAGCUUUCCCUUCGCAAGUGCCCUUAUGUUUUCAAACUGCUCAUUGACUGACACAAAAUUCAUAAUAUUUCGAGACGUUACAGGGUUCAUGCCAAGUGCAUUAUAUAUUGGAUCCAUUAUUUCUUUGAUCCCUUCACUGUCUAGAAAUAUAAAUGGUUUCCGUCAGUGGUUCCCAUUUUAAUCAAAGAAGAAACAAUUGCUUUUUCGCUCGUUUAAUGCGAUAUUUUUCGUUUUUCUUCACAUUGAGUCAAUUUUAAAUAUCCAGAAUUGUUCCACUCAUUAGAAAAAAAACGGUUUCGGGUUUUGAUUUCUUUGUCAACGAAAUUUUCACUCAUAUAAAAAAUGUUCACUCCACCUUUGGUUGUGGUGGUGUCUAUUUUUGUUUUUUGAUGAACUUUUGAUAUAUAUUUUGUUAUAUUCUGGUGGGACCGGUCAACUCCUGAGUUGGCUUCAGAUUUGCAUAAUUAUUUUUUGGGAUUAUAAAAGGGAUAAUACCUAUUUACGAGAAAAUAUAUACAUAUGUAUUUACAUAUAUAUUUUUUCCCCUUAUUUAGAACAUGGUUUGUACCACUAGAUCCUUUAAUUCACUUUACUUUUUUAAAAGGAUCCUAUCGACUGCGCCAAUUUUAAAACUAAUAGGUGUUCAAGGGUUUUUAAAAAAUAUUAACCGAAUUGGCGAAUAAGAAAAGACCAGUUGGUUUGGAUGGUUAAGUCAGACUAAAUUUACAAUUUAUUAAUUAUUUAAUCAUACCUCGCCUGAGAGCAUGUGCGACAGUUUGCUACAAAUUGCUCUGCCUUUUUUCAAUUUUUGGGAAAAAAGUCUUCUAUUAUUUGUUUUACAUUUUCCUGGGCUGCUCGCUGCGCACGAUUAUGCUCAGCAGCUAAAAUUUUCUGUUGUUUAUUUGUGUUCAAUAUAUCAUUUACGAGAUUCUCCGUGUCUGAAUUUAUUGUUGGAAAAUUUUCUAUUCAUUUAUCUUGAAAUUGCGCUAACGUGUGUAGGUCGCACCGUAUUGCAUUUACCACAUCUGCUGUUACAGCUCCUGUAGGUGCUUCAUUAAAUCGUCCCUGGUUCUGAACGUAAUUAAGUAUCUCAUCUUCUUGCCAAAUAUUAUAAAAGUUUUUUGUGAGGUUCUACGCCUUCCUCUAUAAUGAUCUGAUUUCAGGAACAAUUUACGGGUUUCUUUGUUCUUUCAAUUGCAUUGUUUGGGAUCAGGGAAAUUUCGUAUUGUGUCGACUUUGUCUGAACACAUUUUCACUCCUCCCUGUUCUAUAUUGCUUCUAUAUCUCUUAAAUAUUGUUGUUUAUUGUCGGAAAAAAUUAUGACGUCAUCCAGGUAAACAAAACAACUUUUUCCAAUGUAUUCCCUCAACAACCGGUAAAAUUCAUACUUGCCGUUCUUGACGGAGAAAGCUGUUUUUUCUCUGUUCUUCUCUGAUAGUUUAAUCUGAUGCAAACCAGAUUUUAAGUCUGGAGUGGAGAAAUAUUUUCUUCCACCUAAAUUGGACAGGAUUCCGGAUAUAUCCGGAAUCGGGCAUUUAUCAGCGAUAGUUUUAUUUUUGAGUUUCCUGAAGUCAAUAGCUAACCUUUGCUUUACAUGUCCGUUUUCGUCUACCCCCUUUUUCUUUACCACCCAUAUGGAAUUGUUAAAUGGUGAUCUCGACGGUCGGAUAAUGUCACUCGCUAAUAGGUCUUUGAUUUCUUUGUCAACGAAAUCCGCUACACACAUUGGAUAAGGGUACAAUCUUGAAUAAACCGGUAUAUUAUCUUCGGUGCGGAUUGUUGCUACUACAUUUGUAUUGUAUGGUAAUGCUUCAUUUUUUAUCAUUAAAAAAAAAAUUCUCUAACCUCUUCUGGUACAGAAUUCGUUUGCAACCUAAGAUGACUUUCGCCUUGACUGUUUAUAAAGAUCUGUAGAUCUAUAUUAACUUUAUUCACUUUAAUUUAAAAUUCGAAUUUAACAAAACAAUAGUCGUCAAACGUAAACUAUAUCCGUAUAUUAGCUUUAUUCACUUUUAAAUUUCAAAUUUAUAUUCACACCAUCACUAUUCGCAAAAAAUAGUUUUAAUUUUUUUUCUUUAAUAAUUUAUGAAUUUUAAUCGAGCACUUCACUCGAUUCCCUAAUGCUAGCAGUAUGUUAAUAGUUGAUAAUGUAUCUUUUCCUUGAAUGUCAUUGAUGUCCUUAGCUAGAUUAUAUUUCCUUUCUGAUUCCUGGUGUCCCUAACCGGAUUGUUGAUGUUGAUUUCUUAUGAUGUCCUUUAACCGUAUUGCGGAGGUUGAUUUCUUAUGAUAUCCUUUGACUGGAUUACUGAUUUGACUUUUUCUUUAUUUAUUAAUUUUGUAAACUUUUAUUAACUCGUGAAGGCCCCACGUUGGGCGCCAAUGAAACGAUUUACAUAUUCGGUUAAUAUUUUUGAGGUUAUUCAGAUUCUCGGAAAUAUUGUGAGAUAAAGUAUUUUGUUUCAUGAUAUUUAAAUCGAUUUUUGCAAUAGUUAAGGAAAUGGUGUCAUAUUACAAAUUUAUUGAUAAUUCAAUAGUUUUAACGUUAUUUUUUUUAAUUUUCGUGUGAACAAGGAAACUUCCUUCUGCUGAUUGCCGUCGAAGUGCAUGCUUUAUAUUUAUUGCUGUUGCUAUUUUUUUCAUUCAUCUGUUCUAUUAAAUGUCGAAGCUAUAGCCCUUGCCCAUUACUGAUACUUGCCGAAUUUAUAUCCGAUUGAUUGUGCCUACAUCUGACCCUAAUAGGCUAGACAGACGGUAGAGUUAACCCCGAUUAACUGCGCUUUUAAUCGGUUCCAAAUUUGUAGGUGACAGACGGCAGCAAAGCGAGUUAAAAACUCCCAUUAACAGCAGAUUGGCAAUAAUAUUUUCAUUUUGGUAAAAUAAUAUUGGAUAGAAAGCAAAUAUUGCGGUUGUUAGCCGCACAAUUAGUACAAAAUCACUAGUUACUAAAAAAAUAUACAUAAAAUACGUUAUCAUUAGAACUUCAAUUUUAGAAAAAAAUUAGCUAUUCAUAGCAUGCGUAUGUUUUUGUUUACAUUUAUUUGAAAUACAGCUGUCAGUAUUGCAUAUUUUCAUUCACAAUAGGUUAAAAGCGGCCAUGUUUAACAAUGUUGCCAAUAAGCAGUUAAUCCGAAUUAAAGCCGCCGUCUGUCAGUGGUAUUACUCACGAAUUAACCCCGAUUAGAGCAGUUAAUCCGAAUUAACGCCGCCUUCUGUCAGGGGUAUAAUUCAUAUUUAAGUAUGUGAAUUGGGAAAUAGAAUUGUUAAUUGUUUCAAUAUUGCUUUUAAUUAUAUAUAUAAUUUAUAUUUAGUAUAUUUUCAUAAAUACGCAUUCAAACAAUGCGACCCUAAAUCCAACAGUAAUUGAUAAAAGUAUACUUUUAUUAUAAUAUAAUAAGAUAUUCGUAUAAAAUCUCUACAUUUAUAUUCCAGUAAUUUAAGUAAAUAGAAAUAAUAAGUAUUUUGUAUGUUUGUAUAUAUGUAAACUUUCAAUAUUUAUAUCAGAAAAUAAAUUUAAUUUAUAAAUAAAUAUCUCUACAUCUAAAAAUAUCUCGAUGAUAAUUGCAUACCAUAUAUGUAUGACCACACGGGUUUUUCAAAAGGAACACUACAGAAAUACACCGAUAGGGAGAGCAAACAACGCCAUAUUUUUCCCGCUUUUUUUACAUUUCUCUUCAGUAAGGUUUGCCAUUUCAUUAUGGAAAGAUAUACGACCCAAGAAUGAGACGAAAUUAUUAAAAUUGACUACCGAAAUUCGGAGUCAGUGGCCUCAACUUUUCGAGUGCUAUGUCCAAUUUAUGGUCAGCUCAUUUCUGACUGAAUGGCUUCGUCAACGUCAAUAAGCAAAAUAUGCGUUAUUGGUCGGGCAAGCAUUCCACACGUACUCCAUAAGUAACCAUUGCAUCCCGAAAAAAAUACGGUUUGGUGCGGUUUAUAGGCCGGGGUCUUCCGUUAUGAUCAAUAUCGGCACGUUACUGUGAAUGGGAAUCGCUACCGCUAAAUGAUUACCGAAUAUUUUUGAACUUGGACAAUAUGCGGUGCCAACAGGAAGGCGUCACAAGCCACACGGCAAAAGUCACAAUCGAUGUAUAGAAAACCAGGUUUGGCGAACGUGAGAUAACGAAAUGGCUCUGUCAAUUGGGCGCCGCGGUCGUGCGAUUAAACGCCGUUAGACUAUUUCCUGUUGGGCUACGUCAAGUUGAUGAACUUCAUACGAAUAUCGAAAGUGAAAUUGCAGUAGUAUCAGCUGAUUUAUGCUUGAAAAUCGUCGAAAAUUGGGUUCAGCGUCAGCGUGCGCGUGGUGGCCAUGCAAAAGAAAUGGACAAUGGUUUUUAUUUAGACAAAUUUUGCGGUCUUAUUGAAAACCCCUUUAUUUACAUACAAUCGAUAUAUUAACUCUUAUUUGCGACGAUAGACGUUGUCCUCUACUAAGUUUUAUUCAGCCAGGUACCAAGCCAACACGGCAGUAUUUCUCCAAAUUAUUCGAAUAAUGAUUUCUAACGUUGCAGCAACAAAAGGGGAAUUAAAAGACCACAUAAUGCUUGUUGAAUCCUUAUUCGUGAGUUAGGAUAGGCAUAGAUAUGCCGAGAAACAAAACUGUUAUAGAGAUUUAAGAGUUCGGCCACUACUUAGUAUUCCAGUCUAGUUUCGAUCAGCAUCAGAGUUCUCAACUCGGUAGAAAUAAAAAAAAAAAUAUUUUGGGGAAUAUUUUUUGAGCAACAGUUAAAAAUAAUUACUAAUUGAUUUUUGUAAAAACAGCGCCCGAAGAGGUAAGGUCCUUAAUAUACAUAUAUAUUACAAUUUCUUACAUUAAAACACAAUUUUUAUAUAUUUAGACAUAUAUAAAUGGUUUGUUUAUUUAUUUUAAAUUCCAACUUGUCAAAUGAACAGUUGCCAUUUUUAUAUUUAACUAUAUUUUAGCAUAUAUAUUUAUUGUAUUUUAGCCGGUAUUUGUACGCAAAUGAUAUCCUCAUUGUUUUGGUCCUGCAAUUCCCAUUUGACAAGUACAUUUACCUGUAAAUUAAAUGAAGAAAAUUAUUAUCAUUCAAAUAUAGCAAAGAAGUAUGUUAUAAAAUGUGCUUAUAAAUAUUUUCAUUAAAAAAAAUAUUAAAUUCGACGUCUAUAUUGGACGCAGCCUAGUUUAUAAUAUAUACAAAGUUUCGUUCAAACCAGAAUGCAUAAAAUGUCCAUACUUAUGCAGCUGAAUUGUUCACAAUUUUUCCACAUAUUAAAAAUUAAGUCCUACACCCCAAAAAACACACCCUUUAUAUACAUGUAUUUUUACAAACCUUGGGAUAUGCCUUUAGCACCGGCAAAGUGGCUUUAUAUUCAUAUGUUUCACCCUUCUCAAGCGGGCAUUUAAGUCCGCUAUCAACGCAUGCAUCGGGAUUCUGCAAAUGGAACGGCAUCUCUACGCCCAACACCUUGCCAUGCACCACUGUCGUAAUUUUCGAAGCGACCU